GCAAAUUCAGAAAAGACAACCUAACACAAGUAAGCAUUGGCCGUCUCUCCCCAGCACGCAUUGCUAAUAAAUUGACAAAUACAGUAGAUAUUGUACUAAAUUCCAUUACAAAUAUUACCAUUUACUCUCGUUGGGAUCUCUUUUUUGCUCUCUGUUCGUUACAUACAGACCUUAUGGCUGAACUUGAUCCUAGUUUAAAUGAAAGUGAACUAGCACAUGAACAUGAAUAUGAACUCCAAAUUCAACAAGAACAAGACCAAGAACAAGAUCAAGGACAAGGACAAGGACAAGAACAAGGACAAGAACUAGAACAAGAACUAGAACUAGAACAAGAACAAGACCAAGAACAAGAGCAAGAGCAAGAGCAAGAGCAAGAACACCAAAAUGGAAUACCAGAUAACUCACAUCCUGAUGAAAACCAGGAUCUUGGAGAUGAUUCAGUUGCUAGAGGCGAUAUAAAAUGGCCAGGGUGGCCUGGAGAGAGUGUUUUCAGGAUGCUGGUGCCUGCACAGAAGGUUGGAAGUAUAAUUGGACGUAAAGGAGAAUACAUAAAGAAAACAUGUGAAGAGACAAAGGCUCGGAUUAAGAUCCUUGAUGGUCCUUCAGGAACAAGAGAAAGAGCUGUUAUGGUAUCUGCCAAGGAAGAGCCUAAUGCUCCUCUUCCUCCUGCAGUAGAUGGUCUCCUCAGGGUUCACGAACGUGUUGUGGGCGGGCUGGAUGGUGAUUCUUUUCUCAGUCCACCAGGUGCUGGAGGCAAAGUUUCAACAAGGCUGCUUGUUCCAGCCGCUCAAGCAGGAAGUUUGAUUGGAAGACAAGGCACAACAGUUAAAUCCAUUCAGGAAGAGUCCAAUUGUGUUGUCAGAGUUCUUGGAGCAGAAGAUUUACCUGUUUUUGCUCUUCAAGACGAUAGGAUUGUAGAGGUAGUAGGGGAGCCUGCUGGCAUAUAUAAGGCAAUUGAAUUAAUUGCUACUCAUCUGAGAAAAUUUUUAGUCGACCGCAGCAUAAUUUCUAUAAUUGAAAUGCAGAUGCAAAUGCCAAACUCUGAUGUGGAACACAUGCCUCCUGCCCAAUCUUGGGGUCCGCCUCAAGCUUUUCCUCCAAGUGCACCCGGAGGUCCUGGAUAUGGAGCCAAUCCUCGUUUUGCUCCACCUCCUAGGCAAUUUGAUAAUUAUUAUCCACCUGCUGACAUGCUGCCUCCACCAGAAAAACAACCCCAUCAUGGUAUAUCAGCGUAUGGAAGAGAAGGUCCAAUGCCAAUGCAUUCUUCAUCGAACCAGUCUGCACCAUCAGUAGUCACUCAGGUCACACAGCAAAUGCAAAUUCCGCUUUCUUAUGCUGAUGCUGUAAUUGGCACUCAAGGUUCAACAAUAAGCUAUGUUCGGAGGGUUAGUGGUGCUACAGUUACCAUUCAAGAAACCAGGGGUGUUCCUGGGGAGAUGACGGUUGAGAUUAGUGGAACUGCUUCUCAAACUCAAACUGCUCAGCAAUUGAUCCAGAAUUUCAUAGCAGAUGCUGCUGCUCCACCUCAGACCCAAAACGUUCAAUCAAACGAUCAAGUCUAUAACUCUUAUGCAGCCCACGGUUCGGUAUACUCGUCUCCCCCUUCCAAUCCUAAUCUUCCUGGGCAAACCGGACGUUACGGUUCAGUCUAUGGUGGCAACUAUGGUUAUUAAGUUGGAUGAUAAAUUUAGUGUGAGGCUGAGAGUCAUUAUGUGACUGGCUGGAUAGAUGUACCGUGUGAUCCUUGUAUGAUGAUUGCCCAAAACAUUAAAUAUACAUCUUGCAGAAGUUCGGUUUAAUUUGAUACAGAGCCAAUUGGAUACUAUUCUACAUGUACCUCAACAAACUUGUCGAUCUUUGCUCAUUCGACUCUUUUGGAUAGUUUGCGAUGCUUUUAGCGCAUGAUUGGUAUGUAAUAUUAUGGAUUAAAAUCUUAAAUCGUUUUUGUUUUAGUACUCUUCAGUAU